GGCAAUCCCUGCUUUUAUUUUUCUUUCCAGACGGCCUCAGUUGAGCACAAAAACAAACUUGAACCAGGCGAGCUUUGGGUCAACACUUGCGCUGAGGUCCUCGUCUGAAGUGGAGCAACUGAAGGCGUGUUACUGACGAGAUUUGCUCUGUUUUAUUCCUCCAUUGUUGAGAAAAAGGGAAGGGCUCUGCCAAGAAAAAAAAAAAAAAAAAAGCAUUUGGAAAUUAAGUUAUGCGUCAGUGAGUGCGCACUUUACGCACAGGGCGCACCAUGAAACUUUGAGAUGCGGGAUCAGCUCGCCUGUUUUGUUGUGCAUGUGUUCGCCUUCAUUUCCUUUGUUGGUGUCAGCUCUUCUGGACUCGCUGUGAUCAUGUGUCGUGGCUAAAAACUUUGAAGCAAAACCUGUGGAGGUCAGCCUGAGACAGCAUGGGGGCCAAACAGAGCAGCACGGUGUUUGAUGGCAGAACUCGGGCUUAUUCCAGCUCCGAUCUUCCGUCUGGAAACUCCGGCGCAGGGGACAGGAUUGCGGGCUUCAGGUACACCAACGGACCCGAUGGACCCCGGAUUCGGUACACGGGUGGAGGGCCGACCAGCUCCGGGCUCAGUAUACCGGCCGGCGGCCGAUCAGGGUCACACAAUCAGAGCCUGGAUGGCACAGAUGGUGACGAUGAAGGCCAGCUGCCCCCUGAGGGCCACAGGCUGCUCAUAGGGUCCCUGCCGGCUCACCUGUCCCCCCGCCUGCUGGGAGGUUUUCACUGCCCCGUUUGCUCCAAGUUUAUGGCAUCGGAUGAAAUAGAGAAGCACCUGCUCAUGUGUUUCAGCAAAACGCGCCUCACCUACAACAAGGACAUCCUGUCCAGGGACUCUGGGGAAUGUACCAUCUGUUUAGACGAGCUGGAGCAGGGAGACACUAUUGCCAGGCUGCCCUGUCUCUGUAUCUACCAUAAGGGGUGCAUAGACGAGUGGUUUGAGGUGAAUCGCUCGUGUCCGGAGCAUCCAGCCGACUAGAAGCUUCAGAAGUACAGUUUUCAGCCUACAGGACAUCGCUGUGGUCGACUGUGCACCGUCACCUCAUCCCAACACUGUCUGUUCCAGCCGAGCUUCAGCGCUCCUCAGGGAUUGUAAGAUAUUAUUGUGUGCAGAAUUCUUCAUAUCGCCUCAUGGAACAUCGACGGACUUUGGAUGUGUUCCUCCGGAUUUCAUAGGAUUUUAAAAAGAACCACUGGUGGAGCCACUUUGUCUCCAGAAAAUAUGUGAAUGUUCCUUAUGCCAUCUGCUGGCCUGAAGUGGAUUCAUGCAACCUGGAUUCUGAAGUGUUGCUGAACAGGGUGUGGUUUUGUAGCAGAGGACGUGUGUGGCCAACACGGUGGUAGCCUGACGCCUGUUUUCAGUAGAGACGCUCAGAGACUUAAUCAGAAGGCUGAUGUUGUGCAAUAUGAAAAACAGCCAUACAGAGUAAAAAAAAAAAUGUAUCAGCUUUAAGGGAUGAUUGCAGUGUUGAUGGUAGUCAGGAAGUAGAUCUUAAUUUCAAGGCAAAAUUGGCUGUCAAUAUUUGUUUGUCAAACAAUCAUGUGUCUUAGACCAAAUAGUCUAACAUGAAGUGGUUGGACUUUGUUAAUCACUUUGCCAUUUAGAACCACAGUAAUGUGAUUGUGUAGUUUAGUGGUGGAAUUAAAGUAGGUUAAGACAUAUCUAAUGAUGAUUCAUGUUGUCUCUAAGGAGUGCCAUAAUAUGCUGCUAUGUCAUAGACUGGAAAGUUUUCCUAUAACCUUUGAACCUUUCUUCGUUGUUCUUUCUAUUUGUACUGUAAUGAACUGCACAACAAUAAAUGUUUUGUCUUUGUGUCUCUUUCCUGCAUAA